AUGAUGCAGCAGCCACCUCCAGCGUCCAACGGUGCUGCAGCAGGGUCAGGGCAGAUUCCUUCAGAGCAUCAAGCUUAUCACCAGCAGCAGUCGUGGAUAUUGAUGCAGCAGCAGCAACAACAGGGACAGCACCCAGCUGGAUGGAAUCCGCAGUCGGCGCCGUCUCCGGGUCAGUAUGGUGGUGGAUCUCAGAAUCCAGGAUCGGGCGGCGAGAUCCGGUCGUUGUGGAUCGGAGACUUGCUGCCUUAUAUGGACGAGAGCUAUCUCAUGAGCGUCUUCGGUCCUACCGGCGAGGCUCAAACAGCUAAAGUCAUUCGCAAUAAGCAGACGGGAUUUUCUGAGGGUUAUGGAUUUAUUGAGUUUGUGAGCCAUGCUGCAGCGGAGAGGGUUUUGCAGAGUUACAAUGGUUCACCAAUGCCGGGGAGUGAACAGCCCUUCAGACUGAACUGGGCUCAGCUUGGAGCUGGAGAGAGACGCCAGAGUGAAGGUCCUGAGCACACUGUUUUCGUAGGAGACUUGGCGCCUGACGUUACCGACUACAUGCUUACUGAAACAUUUAAGGUUAUAUAUGCCUCUGUCAAGGGCGCAAAAGUUGUGACUGAUAGGACCACUGGCCGGUCCAAGGGUUACGGAUUUGUUAGAUUUGCGGAUGAAAGUGAGCAGAUUCAAGCCAUGACUGAAAUGAAUGGUCAGUACUGCUCAUCCAGGCCGAUGCGUACUGGUCCAGCUGCCAACAAGAAGCCUCUUACAAUGCAACCAGGUGCAUAUCAGAACGCUGGAGGAAAUUCUGGAGAAAGUGAUCCUUCUAACACAACAAUUUUUGUUGGAGCUUUGGAUCAAAGUGUAACAGAAGAUAUGUUGAAGUCAGUUUUUGGUCAAUUUGGUGAACUAGUUCAUGUGAAAAUUCCCGCAGGAAAACGUUGCGGAUUUGUUCAAUAUGCCAAUAGGGCAUCCGCUGAGCAAGGACUCGCCCAGUUGAAUGGAACACAACUUGGCGGACAAAGCAUUCGCCUUUCAUGGGGUCGCAGUCCUUCCAACAAGCAGACUCAACCUGAUCAAGGCCAGUAUGGUGGUGGUGGUGGAUACUAUGGAUAUCCUCCUCAUGGAUAUGAAGGUUACGGAUACGCACCUCCUCCUCCUCAGGACCCUAACGCUUACGGAUAUGGCGGCUACCCCGGUGCCGGCUAUGGAAACUACCAGCAGCCUGGUGGCUACCAGCAGCAACAGCAGGUCAACAAGAUGGGAUACGCAAGGAAAGCGGAAGACGACAACUCUCCAUCGUCACUGAACGAAGCGCCGUUAAUAGCAACUAUGUGCAUUAUCGGAUUGCAGGUUCAUGUUCACGUCAAGGAUGGUUCCGUUUUUUCUGGGAUCUUCUACACCGCUUCCGUCGACAACGAAUUCGGCAUUGUUUUGAAGAAGGCAAAAAUUACGAAGAAGGGGACAAGCAAAUCGAAUGUAGCAAGCGGGAGUGUGGUGGAGACACUUGUGAUUCUGUCUUCCAAUAUUGUUCAAAUAGUUGCAGAGGGAGUCUCGCUUCCAUCGAAUGUUACAGGCAAUAAUGAAGGUGUAAAUGUGGGAUCAGCCACGGAAACGUUACCUUCCGAGCCUCGUGUAUGUGCUGCUAAUAAAUCCAUUGGAGGAAACUGCAAUAAUCAUAGGAGACAGGCAGGAGCCCAGAUUCUGAAGCGUAGUGAACAAACUCCUGAUGUUCAUCAGGAGGAUAAUGUUGAUAUCCAAAGCUCAAGUUCUAGCUUGGAUAGCAUGUCCGAACGAGUUAAACCAAUAGAAGAAGAUAAGUUGAUGCGGGAACCUUUUAGUAACGAUGCUGCUGAACGGCCCUCUUCAACUGACAAUUCAUCAGCACAAAGUACAAUUGCUGAUGAAACCUCAGAAUUGUAUCAGGGUUUAGUGGCAUCUUCAAAUGCAUCAGUACAUAUCCAGGCCGUCAGAAAGUCUACGGAGUUCAAACUGAAUCCGGAGGCAAAGCUUUUUUCUCCAUCUUAUACAAAACGUCUUCCACCGACUCCUGUUGCUAUGCCUGAUGUUGGAAAUAUAUCUUAUAUACCAAGCAACACUCCCAUGCUACCAGUUCCUGAAGUUGUUUACCCGGAAAUUGGAAACAACCCUUAUAUUCCCCAAGCACCUCCACCUUCCAAGUUUGUGCCAUAUGGUAACUUGACUGCUGGAAAUGCUGCUGGUGGAUUUAGCUUUCCUCAACACAUGAUCGGGCCUACUGUUAACAGGGCACAGCCGCAGAGAUUCACCUCUCCGUACCAAUCUGUCCAAGCGCCACCAAUGUUUGUAAAUCCAAAUCCUCAGAUGAUGGUCACGAGAUCGGGGCAGCUUGUAUAUGUCCAACCAGUUUCUCAGGAUUUGGUUCAGGGAACACCGCCUCUUCCACCUAUGCUCUCUCGUCCUCUACCAACUCUACAACAUGUCCAAUACCUGAAGCAUCAAGGUGUAGUUGCGGCUGGCCAGCCGAUGCAGCUAUGCGUUUCCCAACCGUUCACGGCGGGUGGACUGCAACCUUUCGGUGUUCCUGCCCAAUUUCCGGUAAUGCAGCCUCCUUUUCCCACGAAUCAGCCAAUGGCAGUUGCAGUCCCUAAUGGUUUCUUUGGCACAAAGUUUCCAUAA